UAUGGCACAAACAGAAAUGGAAUCUCAGCAAACGCAUUACAUUAUGGCUUUAGAGAAAAGUCUUAGCUGUCCGAUUUGUUUUGACAUUUUUAAAAACCCCGCAACAUCAUCUUGUGGAAAACACAAUUAUUGUUUGCAGUGCUUGAAGACUCAAUGCGAAGGAAAUAAUAGAAACUGCCCAGAGUGCAGGGAACCAUUUCACAAAGCGUAUAAACCGCAGAAAAAUAUAACUCUAUGUGAAAUUGUCAAAAUUGUCGAUCGAAAGACGUCGGAGGAUAUUAGCGAAUAUGAAGACUUGAACCCAGAAGACGGAGACGGAAUUGAGCAUAAUUUGCAGACCCUAAAGAGGAAACUAACAGACUUGACAUCAGAAAUUAAGAGGAUGGAUGACAUUAUUUCCAAAAAACGUAAAACCAAGCACCAAAGAAAAGGAGUUACCUCGGCAUCAAAUGAUUUCGUAAGUCUGGGUACCUUUUUAUCCGAGAGCAAGAAUUCACUCCGGUAUGAACCAAGCGAACUACCCGAGGAGCCACUCGACAACAUGACAAGCAGCCUCAGGCUAGGGCUGGAAUGUUUGACUCACGCCCUUAGUCAGCUACCGCAGUUAGACAUCCCUUCCCAGGAUGUUGACAAGGGGCAAAAUGUGGGCGACAGCCUGAGUGCAAAUCAGCUCCCAGCGGAGCCAUCCCCUGUUGCAUGGCAACAACCGGAUGACGAGCAGACACCUGAGCAUACCAUCACUCCAUCUCAGCUUGAAGGAGGCCAAUCAGAAUCACAGAGUGAAGCUCAGGUUGUAUCCAUGGAGCUGGAGACAGGGGCAGAGGAAGCAGGGCCUUCAGCUGCACUCAAUGAUUGUUUGGAGCGUCUUUCAUUUAGUCCUCACCUAGCGCACAAGAACCUUGUCUUCUCCGACCAGAACCGCAGGGUCAACGUGCAGAGGUUGUGCCAAGGGCGACGGCCCCUGUCGCGGCCUGACCACUUCGGCAUCAGCCAGGUGAUGGCAGACCAGGAGUUCAGCAGCGGGGUGCAUUACUGGGAGGUGGACACGUCCCAGAGCGUAGGCUGGGCCAUCGGCGUGGCCUACCCUAAUCUGGGCCACGGAGACAAGCUGGGUCGCACCCCCAGCUCCUGGUGCCUGGAGUGGAGCUCUAGUAAGCUGUGCUUCUGGCAUAACAGCAACAGUGAGCAUGUUAAACAUGGCUGUCCCAGUAAGGUCAGAAUUAUGCUGGAUAUGGAGGGUGGUGUCUUGUCCUUUUACAGUGCGACAGACAACAUGAUUCUGUUACACACUGUAGAGGUGCAGUUUGCCUCACCUGUGAGACCAGCAUUCUGGCUGUAUGGGCUAAAGCCUGGAAAUUCUUUGAGUCUCGUUGUACCGUAGGCAGUGUUGGGUAGUAACAGACUGCAUGUAAUCUGGAUUACUUUAUCAGAAAAUUAAAAUGCUAGUAGUCCGAGUACAGUACAUUUGAAAACAUUUACUUUUUUAGAGAUUACAUCAUUACAUUUUAAUUAAGUGCGGUAAAUGUAUUGUAAUGUAUUUUAAUUAGAUGUGGUAAAUCUCUCCCCUCUAUCUCCAUGUAGUCCUUCCAGUUCGUCAUCCAACCAUUCAAAUGCAAUAAAACCUCCACGACCUUCCCUAAGAACAAUUGGAAGGAUUUCUUAAUUAUCAGCAGCCAUUAGUCCUCCUACUGGGACAGCUUGUCAGCCAGAGCAGAGUAGGUGAAGAUGAGGGCAGGUCCACUUUGAACACACCAUUGAUACCAUUGAUAUAAAACAAUAAGGAGAGCAACUGCUAAUGUGUUGAAGUCACAGAACGCUGAAAUGACAUUGCAAUGAUUGGCAGAUCAUUUUUUUCUGCCUUUUCACCACUAAAUUAAUGCUUUUAUUUGAAUUAUUAUUGAUUUUUUUAAUAUAUUCUAGAAAUGUAUUAAUUAAUGUAUCAUUUUAUGAUUUUUAUUAAAUGUUUUAAUUUUAUUUCAGCACUAUGAAUUCUAAAUUAACUUACUGAUCCUGAGUAAAGCACAAACCAAAUUUAGCCAUGUAAAGCACCAAUUCCUUUUCAGAAAGUUGAUUUUAUGCUGAGAAUGUAUGCAAAAUAUAUGAAAAGGGCUGAUUUCUCAAAACUGCAGUUUGCAAAAAAACAAUGCUGUAUUGAACAUUAUUGCCGAAGUGUUUGGUCAAUCUCGGCGAGUGAUACCUCAUUUUGUAGCUCUCAAUCUGUACUUCAGUCUCAUGCUAUAAAAUCAAAAUGCAAAUGGGACCCUAAAUUAUACAUGUGGUGAUGUGUGUUUGUGAUCAGUCGAGUGUAUCCAUAAACGGCAAAAUAGCUGUGUCACUACCACAGUCAAUAAGACAAUGUGCUGGUCAGCCAUGGGGGCAAUAUUACUACCCCAAAUGAAAGUAUCUCACUGAUGAACAUGUGCUUCUUUUGUGCAACAACAGCUUAAUAUGCUCCUUCGCCAUUGAAUAAGAGCUGGGAAUCUCUGUCAGAUUACCCUACAAAUGAUCUUCCACAGUCACACUAAGAUGAUUGGCAGUGUCCCAUUGUAGGAAAUAAUAAUAAAAGGAAUAGUCAGUGAAAUAUCCCAUCCAUCCAUCCAUUAUCUGAACCCGCUUAUCCUGAACAGGGUCGCAGGGGUCAGUGAAAUAUCUUCCUCAUUAUUUAUUUAUUAUUAUACACUAUGUGAUGUUCGUUUCUUCUCCACAUUUAUGUGUGGAUUUCCUCUGGGUUUUGCGGUUUCCUCCCACAGUCCAAAGACAUGCUGGUUAGGCUAAUUAGAGAGUCGAAACUGCCCACAGGUAUGAAUGAAUGGUGUGUGUGCCCUGCGAUAGGUUGGCAACAGGUUGGAUGGAUAUUGUAUUUUUGUAAACUUUUUUUAAGGACCCUAUGCACUUUACUUUAACUGAACAAGAUAGUUUUAUAUAAUUUCAUAUUUUAAUCGUAUUGCACAGG